AUGGCAACCUCCAUCCUCGAGAUCCAACGCAAUAUCAUAUUAGGCACGAUUCGGGCCACCAGCGGGCGAGAUUGGAAAGUCUUAAUCUUGGAUGAGCAAAGCAAAAGGGUUGUGUACAACGUCUGUAAAGAGGACGAUAUCCUAAAUGCCAACAUAACCAACAUCGAACUUCUUGAGGAUCGCAGGCAGACCCUCUCCGACACGGAUGCGAUCUACCUCCUUACCCCUCUACCGCAUAUAGUCGAAAGCCUCAAGGCUGACCUCAGUCGAAAGAGAUACCGACGUGCUCACCUUAUCUGGACUUCGCAACUGCCAGGGAGUCUUGGGGAAGAGCUGUUCCGCUCAGAGUCCCGAGCACGGUUGAUCAUUGAAUCUCGGACAUUGAACAUCGAGUAUUUUCCGCGCGAAUGCAACCUGGUCACAUUUCGAGAACCAUGGAGUUUUCACGUACUCUUCCACCCAGCUUGCGACUCGUUGGUUAAGGACCACUUGGACAGCAUAACCCAGAAAAUCGUGUCAAUAUGCGUGUCUCUGGGCGAAUACCCCCUAAUCCGGUUCUACAAGCCGAGAGAGCAUCAGAGACAUGCUGCCGAUGUUUUGUGCUAUCAUCUUGCCAGCUUCGUACAGAGUGCGCUGGACGAAUAUGCUCGUGAUCCACGAAACGACUUUCCUCCCCAGAACCCUGGCAACCGGCCACGAGCGGUUCUACUAAUCACAGACCGGUCCAUGGAUCUGAUGUCGCCGUUCGUCCAUGAAUUAACUUAUCAAGCCAUGGCAAUGGAUCUCUUGCCGAUAAGAGAUGACGAGGACAAAAUAACGUACAGAAACGUCAUCAGGCGAGGCCAGCCGGAUCAGGAAGAAAAGGAUGUAGAGAUAUCAGAGAAAGAUAACCUCUGGGUCGCUCACCGACACAUGCACAUGAAAGAUCUCCUCGUGCAACUGAGCGAAGAAUUUAGAAAAUUCCAAGCCAAAAAUCCCCAAUUUGCCGACAACGAUGGACAACCUGCGAGUAUCAACACCAUCAAGGACAUGUUGGCAGGACUGCCAGAAUUCCAGGAAGGCAAGGAAGCCUUCUCACUUCAUAUCGACAUGGCUGAAAAAUGCGCAAAAAUCUUUGCGGACCGUAAGCUCCUGGAUGCGGUCUCUGUUGAGCAAUCUCUUGCCACGGGCCUUGACGAGGAGAACAAGAAACCGAAAAAUCUAGCAGAUCAGGUUGUCCGACUGCUUGAUGAUGACAGUAUCGUCCAUGAAGAUCGGGUCCGACUGUUAAUCUUAUACAUAUUGUACAAAAAUGGCAUUCUCAGGGGAGACAUCGAAAAGCUGCGGUGUCACGGCGAAUUGUCGCCGAUGGAUGGGGAAAUCAUCUAUAACCUGAUAACUCUGGGUGCUAGGAUUGAAAAGCAGUUGAAAGAUGCGACGCCUGCCCCGCCGCCGUUGUUCCCGCCAAAGGUCAGAGAUGUUGGAAAUAUGGAGGAAGUGAGUUUGUCACGAUUCGAGCCGGCUCUGAGGUAUAUGCUCGAAGAACAAUGCCAGGGUACGUUGGAUAUCAAUGUAUUCCCUCCGGUGAAGCCACAUCUCAACGACCCAAACAGCCAAAUGAGUAUUCCACAGACCUCCCUGAGGAAUACGGGCAAACCUACAUGGGCUCAAACACGCUCUCAAUCCAACAAGCCGCGCCAACGCAUCAUUGUGUUCGUGGCAGGCGGGGCGACGUACGCCGAAGCACGGGCGUGCUACGAGGUGUCUCAGAUGGCUGGCAAAGAAGUCUUCCUCGCGUCGACCCACAUGAUAACACCUAAGACGUUCCUGCGGCAAGUGAGCCAACUGAGUACUGGACGAAGGCAACUGGAUUUGCCAAUGGACCGAGCCGCCCCACGGCUACCAGCAUGGAUGACGGAGCCUCCUCCACAGGCUCAGCAGCAACAACCUCGACCUCCACAACCAGCAAACGGCAGACCGCCUGACAAGGUCCGACCACCGACCGAAGCGAUGGCAAACAUGAAUCUCGCUGGUAGAGGUCCACAGAAUGGCGUGCGCCCUGGGGUGGGCACAGCUCCUACCCCGUCAAAACCAUCACAACCUUACCAGUCGCCUUCUACUGACGGUGGCCAUCACAAGUUGAAGAAAGACAAGGAGAAGAAACACCUAGGGUUGUUCAAGAAGCACUAG